GACCAUAGAAUUCGAAAAGCCGCAGCAUCUGUCACUACGUAGCCGAAAGCUCAACGUUUCAAACCUCGCCUUGUAAGAACGGUAGUCUAUACCCCAGGGGUAAAGGCUAGCUGUCUCCUCAAUCGAACGAGCAAAUCGAGUAAGCCGUUCCCCAUAUUCCCGAAUACGCCGGUCCGUUGUCGGUUAUUUUAAUGCUGUUCUAUCAGGCGGUACCAUUGUUGUCAGUGGUGGUUUUCCUAGCGGGUAGGAACGAAGCAUCAUCUGGAAACAUGAGUGUGGAUUCGAUUUUGGGCAAAAAGUACAAGCUCAACGAGAGUGAAAACUUCGAUGAGUUCAUGAAGGCGAUCGGAGUCGGCUUGGUAACCAGAAAAAUCGCCAAUGCAGUCUCUCCAGUUCUCGACCUGACCAAAGAGGGCGAUGAGUAUGUCAUCACCCAGAAGUCCACCUUCAAGAACAUGAUCAUCAGAUUCAAGCCAGGCGUAGAUUUCGUACAAGAAACUCCCGACGGCAGGUCCGUAAAUUCUGUCAUCACCAUCGAAGGUAACAAACUCCAUGAGGUGCAGAAGGAUGACAGCGGAAAAAACACCGUCAUAGAUAGGAUCUUCACUGACACCGAAGUUAAAAUGACUAUGAAUCACGGUGAUAUCUCAGCAACCAGGGUGUAUAAGCUUCAAGAAUAAUGACUUCCAUCACAAAUUUACCUAGGCAUAAUUCUUCGUUGUUCACGAACAACAUCAAAUUUCUAAUUUAGCUAUUAUAGGUUACAUACUCAAGAAAGGGUUUCAUGUGUUACUGUGAAUUCUCAUUUUUUGUUUAGUCUGAUUUUAUAAGAUAUGGCAUCAAUUUUAAUAAAAGAAAAUAUUAUUUG